CGAUUUCACCAAAUCGUCUUCUGAGUGGAAAUGGCGUUCGUGGAUUGUGCACUUCGACGGAGAAUCAAACAGGCCGUGUUCUAGCCGCUUACUUGCUUCCAGACUGCCCCGGAUCGACCGCCUGACCUGCUUGCAUCACGAACUAAUCGUCCUUUUGCGUCCGUGACCGUCCCACCCCGCGGGACUCGCUCCGAACCGUUCGGUUGUUUUUCCACUGGACUCCGAGCAAAGUGGUGGAUUCUGGAAAAUUUCGUGUGUUUUUGACGUUUCUGCAUUGUGCAUUUUUUGCUCGUCCGCAGAAAUAGGCAGCUGUCAGAAAAUUCCUACAGCCUAAAAAAAGUCGUGUGCGAAAGUCUCGUUAUUUGCAUUUUUUUGUUUUGCCCCGUGUGUGAAAAUUUCUCGUAUCGCGUGUGAUCUGGAGUUGAGUCGCAGACGCGCGAGCUGCGAAAGUAAUUUUGUUGAAUCGCUGAGCCAUCGGGGACGUGAGGAGCGUCGAGUCGAGCUAAACAGAUCCUUGGACGACGGCCUGGCGCUCGGAAGGCUCCUCUUAUGUAAGAAAGCAACUUUAGCUGCAUCAUGGACGAUGGAUUGCAAUGUACGCCCGAUGAAAUGGUAUGGUUAAAACCCGAUCCCGCAGGCGACGAUCAGAAAACCUUAUGCAGGGUUGUAAACACCUUGCCAAAUUCCAAUCGUGAAAAAAUCAGCAUAGUCGUUCGACCCACAUAUACAGUCGAGCAAGUCUAUAAAAAUAUUGAAACACAAUUCAAUUAUAGCUCAUUCGAUCUAGUGCUCGAUUCGAAAGAAACCAAAGUUGCAUUAAAUGAUAAACGCAAAACAUUGUUAUAUGACGUGCCUGGUUUUCAAAAGAACACUAAAAAUACAUUACUCAUAAUGCCGUCAGAGAACUCAACAACAAAUCUUGUACAGAAAUGGAUGGAUGGAAAGAAGAAAACGGACGAUAAUGAUUCCACAAAUCUAAGUGCCCUUACACCGGACUCUCUUUCCGACAUGGAUUUAGCGCUGGGUGCUUCAGCUAGUCCAACUGAGACCGAACCCCUUCCGGCCAUUCCUCAAGCUCCUGCGCUACCAAUGUAUGAUGUGAAGAUGAACGAUCAAAAAAUCAAAUUGAAACUUUAUUCGUCACCGAAAUCAACAUCGCGGUAUGUUGGUCUUGUCAAUCAGGCGAUGACGUGCUAUUUGAACAGUUUGCUGCAAGCCUUGUUCAUGACUCCUGAAUUUCGAAACGCUUUAUAUCAUUGGGAGUUUGAUGGAAUCGAUGAAGCUAAGUCGAUCCCAUAUCAGUUGCAGAAACUUUUCUUGAAUUUACAGACAUCUCAAAAGGCGGCGGUAGAAACAACAGAUUUAACCCGAAGCUUCGGUUGGGAUUCCACGGAAGCUUGGCAACAACACGAUAUUCAGGAACUCUGUCGGGUUAUGUUUGAUGCUCUUGAACAGAAGUUCAAGAACACAGACCAAGCGGACCUAAUCAAUCGAUUGUAUGAAGGGAAAAUGAUUGACUAUGUAAAGUGCUUAGAGUGCUGUACAGAGAAAUCGCGUGAAGACACUUUCCUCGAUAUCCCGUUACCAGUUCGUCCAUUCGGUAGUACAGUUGCCUAUGGAAGUAUCGAAGAGGCAUUGCGAGCUUUCGUUCAGCCCGAAACACUUGACGGGAACAACCAGUAUUUGUGCGAAAAGUGUAAUAAGAAAUGCGAUGCUCACAAGGGGCUUAAAUUUAAGAAUUUCCCUUACAUUUUAACGUUACACUUGAAGCGGUUCGAUUUUGAUUACCAGACGUUGCAUCGAAUCAAAUUGAACGACAAAGUAACGUUCCCGCAAACACUGAAUCUGAACAGUUUUAUCAAUGCAACAGAUGUCGAGACGUUCGGCGCGAAUCAUUCACAAACGAAUGGUUUCAUUAGUUCGGCUUCAUCUGAGCAUGAUAAUACAGAAAGUUUGACCAAGUGUGAUGACAGCAGCACGACUGAUAGUGGUGCUGCGAUGGAGGAGGACAAUUGCAGCGGCAUCGCGACAACGGCCAGCUCUAGCCAUAAUGACAACGAUUUGCAGGACGAUGACGAGGGAAUCGAUGUUAGCGCAAGCGCGGAUAAUCGCUUACCGUCCAGCAACGAGAGCGGUCCAUACAUUUACGAACUAUUCGCCAUAAUGAUUCAUUCUGGAAGUGCGUCAGGUGGACACUACUACGCUUACAUAAAAGAUUUUGACAAUAGCGAAUGGUACUGCUUUAACGAUCAGACGGUAUCCCCGAUCACCCAGGAGGAUAUUCAAAAAUCCUUCGGUGGGGGAUCCUUCAAGGCUUACUACUCCAGCAUAUACAGCUCUAGCACGAAUGCUUACAUGCUAAUGUACCGUCAAAUCGAACCAAAACAAAACGCAACCGCGAUAAAAGCCACUGAAUUCCCGGAGCACAUAAACCAACUUCUAAAACGCUUGGACGACAAAGAGGAGGAGACGAGAAAACAGAAAGCCAGUGAGUCAGAUAUCAUUAAACCAAAGGUCUAUUUCUAUAAUCCAAAGCUGAGAACGACGAAGUUUACCAAAGUAUACACAUCGAAAUCAAGUACCCUUGAAGAGGUCCUAGAGUCCGCUCAUGGUCUUUUGGACGUCCGAAAAUUUGCUCCUUUGUCCCGUUGUAGGCUUGUUGCCUAUGACCAUCUCGCAGAAGAAAUUCUCUACAGUUUAGAGGGGCUGGAAAAAGACCCAAUGGAGAAUUUCCUUAGUGAAAUUGAUUAUCUUUUGGAAGUUCGCGGUGAGAAUGAAGAGUUCGAAAUUUAUGAGCCAAAUGGCGUUACCACACGAGUUUAUAAAGUCGACAUGAAGACAAACGAUGUCGAUGGCCCUUAUUUAAUCCGUGCUAUACGCAAUAGUACAAUUGAGAGUUUCAAGAAGCUUGCGGCGAAGAAGAUGAAGCUAAAAUGGAAAGAGAUGGUUGUUGCUAUUGAGACAUACUUAGAUGGUGCUAUACUACGUAAGGAUGCUGACACAGAUACUUUCUAUCCACAACGGCGAAUAUUCGUGACCUGUGCUAAGCGACCGACUGCUGAGGAAUGUGAACAGUUUCUGCAAGUAGUUAAUACUUACAAUCAUCUGAUGUACCUUUAUGUGACAGUUCCCAUUGCGGAUAAAGAAACUCUGCAAUUGCUGGCAAUCCCUCCUUAUGUUCCUCGAUCUCAGCAGCCUAGCACCCCAAAACAAUCUUCCUCUGACACUAGUAAACAAUUAGAAGGUGGAGAUGUAGUAGAUGCUGUUAUGAUGAAUGCGGCGGCGGACCUGACAGCGUCUGACGCAAAUGUUAUAGGUGCUAGCGGAGAUUUCAAGCGAUCGUCUCCGUUGCCCCCGCAUUCCGGCACGUUGGAGAAUGGUUGCUGCAAUGCUGCCGCAAGUGGGGGCACCGAAAGCAACAGUGAAGACAGUAGUCUGAGCGACGGCGACAGAACGCUUGUAGAAUCCGCGCCACAUAAUUUAAGCCACUCAUCAACGCCUAGUCACUCUCCACAAUUAUCCAGCCCCGAAGAUGAAAACGAUGACAAAGUAAUGAUCGGAUGUCGGGAAGCAAAGCCAUUUACUUCUGUGAGUGACGAUGAGGACUGUUUCGAGGCUGAUACCGAUCUGUACUUCCGAGCGAUACGUUUGGGCGAAAAUGAGGAUCCCGAACAUAUGAACAACACACCACUGUUGAACGGUAAUGCAUCGGACUCAGAUGAAACUACCCCCAAAGAAAAAGUACAAAGUGAAUUCAUUCUCAAAGUCCUGGUUGAUACCCGAAUGAGAAUUGGUACUUUCAAGCGACAUCUGGAACCGCACAUUCACGUUCUGUCCGAAUAUUUCAGAAUUGUCCAGAAACAAUCAAACGACCUCAAGCAUUUCUACUUGGACAUGUCGGAGAAAAUGAGGUCUUUCAAAGAUGGCGACAAAUUACACAUUGAGCUCGGUAGAAAUUUGAAAAAGGGCGAACACAAGGCAAAACUAUAUUAUCUGAAGUUAAGUGAAAUCACAAAUGAAGUGGGUAAGUUAGAGCCCGUUUGCGAGCGUGUAUUCAACGCUGGUUCGUUACUUAAUGAUGUGAAGCGUGAUCUUAUCGAACACUUGCACAAAUUGGAUAGCAAGUAUGAAACAUUGACAAUGGAGAAUUGUCGAUUGUGGGAACGUAGUGGGAAGAAUCCUUUGCGAAUAUUGCCCGCAGGAAAUAAACUUACUGUUUGUGAUUUAGGAUUGUCGAUAAGUUGUGAGAUAGUGUUGCAAGAGUGUGAGAAUGGCGUUAGUCCGGUGACCGGUGCUGAAAGUAUAACACUGUUUGUACGGAGAUGGCAUCCGUCGACAUUAGAGUUGGAUCCCUUCCAAGAAAUAACAUUGGAAAGGGAUAUCGAUGUUAGGAAGCUUUUAUCUGAAAUAUCGGAUAUUCCUGAAGAUAAAGUCGCCUAUAGUAAGGUGACUAGUUCGUUUCCGGCCACAAAUAUCUCAUUAUUGAACAUCAACAGUUCAAUGAGUUGGUUUACGAAUGCCGCCACAACAGACAACUAUCCAAUUAUGUACUCAAACUGUGGAUCAGUGUAUUUCUACAAGAACAGUAGUGAACUUCCCAAAGAACUAACUCCUGAGGACAGACGUGAACUUCAGAAUAAGGAAAAAGCGCGCCUGGAACGUCUUGGCGCUUCCACGAUAUCUGCCUACUCGCCGCGUCGCGAGCGUGCUCUUAAAAUUUAUCUGGAUACAUCACCUAAAGGUCGUGAUGAUUAAACCCAUCAGGACUUGUAAGAAGAUCGUCGUGUAAAUGUCCGGAAUGUGUUUUUUUUUUAAAGUUUUCAAAACUAUAAAUUUAGCUACACUUCAAGCAAAACGCAAAAAAGAACAACUAAUUGAAGUGAACGUGAAACUUAACGUAACGGAAACUUUAGGUAAUUUAUGAGACUGUACCCAAUUUGCCUAUUUAUAUGGAAUUUCUAUUUAUCAAAAAAAAAACGAGGAAUGCUAAGAUAAAUCCGCUUCGAGCAAGUCAAAUUGCAUGCAAGAAAAUUUAAUGGUAGUAGAGUAAAUUCAUCAUUCAUUCGAAGAAGAGGAAGAAUUGUUUAGUCGUUGUUUGUUGUAGUUGAUAACGGAGUAAUUGAUUUCCCUUUUAUUAUUUUUCUUUUUGUGAUAUGUCCAUGCAAUCGCAUUUCUUUGCUUGUUUUUUACAUAAAUCUCUUUUCUUUUUGCCUUUUUGUACUUGAACUGUCUCUUCAAGGAAUCAUUGCUAAAUUGAUGCGCUUGCAAUGCCAAAAGUACCAUGUAUUCACAAAACUAAGCAAAAUUUAGGGAAAUUUGUUACAGAACUAACCUGGCUGAAUAGAAAGCGAGUUUUCGAGCUUACUGACGAUGAACAAUUGAAAUUUCUAUCUCCCCAUUCUGUGUAUAUAGAAAUUAGGCAUAAUAUUAGUUUUGUUCUAUCAAUUCAUCUAUUUUUUGCCGCUCAAUGCAGUUGGUUACUAUGGUGACGACGAAGAUGGUCGGAUUAAUAUAAAAUUACGUAGAUUUGCCCAAACAUAUCUAAAAUUUUUCCAAUGAAUUGAAAUUUUCCGGUUUGGUAAUAAACUUUGCUAUUCAUUACAGUAUUUACAUUGUCCAGAUUUUCUGCUGUUGUUUAAUAAGAAAAUGCAUGGGAUUGAUAGAAUGAGAUUGAAAAUAAUACGGAAGAACCCGAUUAAAGUCUUUUGUAAUGUCCUUGAUCCUAAGCUAAUGUCUAGAAGUAAUCACGAUAAUUACUGUGUACGAUAUGGUGAAAAUGGCAUUUUACAUGGUUACUGAUUGAUAUAAAGUCGUUUGCAAAAUAUUUGAAAGGUCUAAGAAUUUAGAUUGUUCGUUCGCUACAUGUAGAUCAGAUUCUGUUGAACAAUCUUUUUGUCGGAAUACAAAAUAUUCAGUUGGACGAUUUUGAACUUUUGAUCUGGAAUAAGAUACAUUUCAUGUAACGAUCUGGUAAUUUACAUUUGUUCUGUUCUGAGAAAAGAAAACUUAAUUUGUGAUUUUUCCGUACAUGAGAAAAUAAAGAAAGAAAGAAAAGGUUGAAAAUAA